CAUAGUUCAAUGAUUUUCACGUAGCAGCGUUGACCACCCUUUUGGAGACACAGAUCAGGAGAUCGAGAGGAAGGAACCAGUGCUCUAGCAGCAAGAACCAGGAUGAAGAAAUUAAUGGGAAUCAACUCCAAGUUGUACCCUUAAACCCCUUGUUACCCCACCCCAGCAUCAGUCCCUGUCGACUGAUUCAAUAGAGAAACCAACGAGAGGGGAGAAACAGGGAAAUUCAUUACAAAAAAAAAAAAAAAGGAGUUAUUUUGGGCUUCGACGUGAAUUGGUGGUGGGAAAGAUGGCGUAUAGGAGGAGGCAGCAAGGGUUAACAUCCAGAUUCGAGGAGCAAUCAGCUGCAGAUUUCGAGGGUGACGUUUUUAUCGAUGAAGAUGGGCGUUCUUCUUCUUCUUCCUCAUCUUCUUCGCCUUCGCUGGCGGCUAAAGCUAUAAGAGCAUCGUCCGCUUACAGAGACUCCUCUUUCUCCUCCGCGUACUCCUCAUCUCGUCCUCCCACCUUCCCUUCUCCCUCUACUACCCUCAAGGAUUCGAAGCCGCACGAGUAUACCUCCAUGAAAAAUUUGAAUGAACCCAAACAAGGAUUUUGGGGUGUGCUGGCUAGAAAAGCUAAAGCUAUUUUGGACGAUGAUAACCCUAACCAACAAUCUGAAUCACCUGUAAUAUCAAAUUCAAAUAAACCCAUGCCAUCCACAACAGCAGGGGCGGAGUUCCAGAAUGCAUACAAAAACAAAGAUAGUCACCGCAGGGCAGAUAAUCCUACAUUGCAGAAGGGCCUAGAGGCAAUCACAUCGUCUAUAAAUUAUAUAGGUGGCACUAUUGGUACUGCUGUUGAGGAGGGUCUCACAAUUGUGGAAAACAGGACUGCGGGCAUUAUUGAAGGGACCCGUAAGCAUAUUAGGAAAAAAUCUAGCAACUCUCGGGCGCAGAAUCAGGCAGGAAAACAAUCCCAAAUGCAGAAUCAAGGCCAAACUCAGAUGCAAACUGAUUUGGAAAUCCAAUUGAAGGCAUCACGCGACGUUGCAAUGGCUAUGGCUGCCAAAGCAAAGCUCCUUCUGAGAGAGUUAAAGACUGUGAAAGCUGAUCUAGCUUUUUCGAAGCAGCGAUGUGCUCAGCUGGAGGAAGAAAAUAAAAUCCUCAGAGAGAGUCGUGAUAGGGGAGACCACCAAGAAGAUGAUGAUCUUAUACGGCUUCAACUGGAAACACUCUUAGCAGAGAAGGCCCGAUUGGCACAUGAGAAUUCAAUCUAUGCACGUGAGAAUCGCUUCCUAAGAGAGGUUGUUGAAUUCCACCAGCUCACGAUGCAGGAUGUUGUAUACUUGGAUGAGGGCACUGAAGAAGUCACUGAAGUUUACCCUAUUAAGGUAUCCACGGUUUCUAAUCCACACUUAAUUCCAACUACAUCUCUAUCCCUGUCCUCUUCACUACCUCCUGAAGUGUCAAACGACAGAGGUUUUCUAGCAACCCCAGAGGCCUCUCCUCAUCCCUUGGUUUUUCCCGAACCUGCUGAAGUUUCUCAAAAUUCUGCUAAACCAAGUUUGUAUCUUCCAGGAAUGAGUGCACAGGAUGCAAAAAAACAUCCGGAUCCUUCUGUUUGAGUGGCAUUAUACCAUAUCAUGCCUUACCACCACCAAAUGUUUGUUGCAAUAUACGGUAUUGUCCUUUAUUUUUUGGGGUAUUGUUUUUUGGGCAAAGGUCUCCUUGGCUGAUAUGGCACUACUUGUAUCUUCCAUUGUGUAUUUGAAGCCCUUGGGUUCGUCAUUUAGACAUAUAAUAUUAUACCUGAUUAAGUAGACAUAUAAUAUUACACCUGAUUAAGUAGACAUAUAAUAUUACACCUGAUUAGGUUUACUUUUUUCUUAUUAUGUAUGUCAAUAUGAUAGCCAUAGAGACGAAAGUUCAUUUAUUUAUUUGUUUCACUGUCCCGAUAGAAUAUGAUGUUUGAAACUGUAAUUUAUCUGGCCGAUUCUUGUUGCUC